AUGAGGAAGCAUUCAACCAGCCUUCGAGUGAGGUUACCUGUGUUUGUAGUUGUCAUCGAGGUGAUCAUCCUUACCCUUUAUGCUGCCUUUGUCACCUACGAUGAUAAUGCUGAUGCCAAGCUGCAGACCAACCAGACCAACCCCAUGGACAAUUCAAUGUACAAGGACUACCCCUUUUUCACUGACAUACAGGUCAUGAUAUUCCUUGGCUUUGGGUGCCUCCUGGCCUUCUUUCGUCGCUAUGGGUUUGGAGGGAUGGUCUUUAACUUCCUCACAGCUACUUUUGCCAUCCAGUGGGCCAUCCUGGUGCAGGGGUACUUCCAAUUCAGCCGUGAUGGUAAGAUCCACCUUGGGGUGAUCAACCUCAUAAAUGCAGAGUUUGCCUGUGCCGUGGUGCUGAUCUCUUUCGGGGCGGUGCUGGGGAAGACUAGUCCGGUGCAGCUGCUGGUUAUGGCUCUGCUGGAAGUCCCGGUCUUUGCAGUCACAGAAUGGGCGGUGGUGACGUAUAUAAAGAUCAAUGAUGCAGGAGGCUCUAUUCUGAUCCACCUGUUUGCCUGUUACUUUGGCUUGGGUGUCACAUUUGCGCUGUACAGAUCUUGCCUAAAUGAAGGCCAUGCAAAGGAGAACACCAGUUACCACUCAGACAUCUUGUCUGUGAUGGGGACCUUGUUCCUCUGGGUGUUUUGGCCCUCCUUCAAUUCAGCACUGACGCUGAAGGGAGACGACCAGCACAGGGCCAUCCUGCACACCUUCAUCGGCCUCAGCGCCUCCACACUCACAGCCUUUGCCCUGUCUGCGAUGCUUAACAAAAAUGGCAAGCUCACCAUGGCUGAUGUUCAGAAUGUGACCCUGGCUGGAGGUGUGACAGUGGGGGCAUCUGUGGACAUGAUGAUAUCACCUGCGGCGGCAUAUGCUCUAGGUAUGAUGGGCUGCACUGCUUGCAUGCUGGGCUACAAGUACCUGAGCCCCUUCCUGGCUCGACGGUUCAGGAUCCAGGAUCAGUGUGGAAUACAUAACUUGCAUGGCCUAACAGGACUUAUUUCUUGUACUGCGGGGAUAGUUGCGAUACUGACAGCUACAGAGGAAGUUUACGGCCCCAGUAUGUAUGAGAUCUUUACCCACAGGGCACCGAUGGCAGGGGAUCCUCGGCUACUUGAGCUCCAGGUGUUUAUCCCCGGUUUACAGCCAGGCUUGGGACGGACGGCCAAGGAGCAGGCUCUCUACCAGGUAGCAGCUGUCUUCUUGACCAUAGGAGUGUCAGCGCUUGGAGGCGUCCUUACAGGCUUUGUGUUGAAGCUGCCAUACCUCGCAUCUCCAUCGGAUGAUUUCUGCUUUGAUGAUGAGCUGUUUUUUGAUGUUCCUCUAGACUACGAUUCACCAGUUAAACUCAUUAAUGUAAAUACAACUGAGGAUUCAGCUGCCUGA